AUGAGGAAGAUGGAAGCUGAGAUAGGCUAUUCGUCUACUAGCCACGCCUGGUACCCUACCCAGUGUCCGGCCGCUGGCGACGUCGAGACGGUCGAGAACAAGAAGCCCGAGAUCACCAGCAGCUCCGUCAAGUGCCCCAGGGACAAUGGUAAGAUCUUCAUGGGCUCGGACGGCACCUGGUUCUACCAGCAGUGUUGCGCCGACGCCGACGGUGCCGUGCUCCUCAACUACGCCAAGGUCUCGUCCCACGACGAGUGUGCCGAGGCCUGUGUCAAGGACAAGGCGUGCAAGAGCUUCAUGUUCGUCCCAGACAUGGUCCCUACCGAGGGAACCGCCAACUGUCGCCUCUACAAGGACGGCCAGUUCUCCACGACAAAGGUCGACGGUGCGCACUACGCCUUUGUUGUUGACCCUCCCACCACCGAGCCUAUCCUCAGCGAGGCCAAACGCUGCGCGACGACUUGCCCCGAGGCGGAUGGCCAGCUGUACGCGACCCCGAGCGGCGAGAAUUACCUCAUGACCUGCAAGGCCCGUCACGGCACCACCUACCUCAAGAUUGACAAUCGUCCCUCGUUCGAGGCCUGCAUGUCCUCGUGCGCCGCCAUGCCUGCCUGCCUGUCGGCCGACUACGAGCCUCGCACCAAGAAGUGCUUCUACAGCACCAACACCGCACGCCCGUCCAUCUCCGCCGACGCCUUUGUCAGCGCCCACUCUCUCGGCUGCGCCGGUGCCUGCCAGGGCUGCAAGAAGAAUUGCGACCAGCUCAACGGCGAGGCCCUCCCCGUCGAGAAGCCCGAGUGCAACAAGAACAAUGGCGAUCUCGUCAUCGCCGGCGGCGAGGGUUUUAGGCUCUACUGCGGCCAUUGCUACAGGAGCCACAACAGCUGGACGCUGGAGAAAGCGACGGGCAUUGCAUCUUGCGCAAAGGCUCGCGGCGAGGAUUCGUACUGCCACGGCGCGAACUGGAUCGGAGGCAAGCUCUGCCCCGACGGCAAGUGCAAUGCCUUGGCGUCUCAGUCGCGCUCCAUCCCGGAGCCCUACUAG